UGGUCUAUCUCGAUCAACCCUUUUUUUUUCACACGCGGCAGUCAUAUUCCGCUUCUGGCCGUCUUCCUUCCUUCUUCGAUCUCAGCUAAAAGAUAAAGCAGUCCGGGAUUUCUUGGUAAGAAAUGGCCCCUAAAACCGUAAAAAGGGCUAUAUCCGACACGUUGGAGGACCUGUCACCGGAGAACCUCGAAAAGUUCCGCGCCCAUCUUAUUGACCGCAGAGAGGAGCCGCGCGUAAGACGCAACAGGGUUGCGGGCAAAAACUUUUUAGAAAUCGCCGACGUCCUGGUUACACAUUUCACCGAGGAUGGAGCUCCUGCAGUGGUUGUGGAGAUACUGAAUGCCAUUGGGUGCGCCAGGGAUGCAGUCUGUCUAGAGCAAGAGACAGGUGGACAGUGCUCAAAACCUGGUUCCAGUGGCACUGCAACACCCUCAGCUGGAGCAACUGGUGUGAAUACCACGGCCGACGGCAAGCACUUUGUGGAUAAACACAAAAUCAAGCUGAUCGAGAGAGUGAGCAACAUUGCGAUCAUGUUGGAUGAGCUCCUCGACGAGGAGGUCAUCCAACAAGAGACGUAUGAUAAAAUCAAGGUUCUGCCUACCUCUCAGGAGAAGAUGAGGGAGCUCUACAAUGGUCCCCUGAAGGCUUGUGGAAUAAAGGGCAAAGAUAAAUUCUACAACAUCCUUGAGAAAAGGGAGCGGUAUCUAGUUGAUGAGCUCAAGGAAAUGAAGUGAUUGUUAUAAUGAAAUCCAUUUUUAGACCAAACAUACCAUCUACCUGAAGACAUGUUUUAUACAAUAACAAUGGGGCAUUAAUAAUGUUAAAGCUGUCUCUCUGUGGGGGCUUUCUAAAAAUAUUUUUUUUGAUCAGAGCUUUUGCCCUUAAUUUGACUCUUAAGUUAGUAAGAAAUCAUUUUUAAUGAAAUGAGAUCUCAUGUAAAAUUUUACAUUCGCAGAAUCAGAUUCUGCAAAUAUUUAUCAGACAAUCAUGUAAGAAAUGAAUUCAUCUCACCAGACAUGUAAUGUUUUUAUCCAACAUACCAAAUGAGAGUAUGUAAUGAGUGUUUUUUCUUCUAUUUUGAAAUUUAUAUAAAUGUAUAACAAAA